GAACCCAACGCCGUUAAACCGAUAAACGACCACUUCCUCGAACGCAUUCAAACCCCAACGGCUAUAUCUCUCUCAAAACAACCUUCUCUUUCACUUUUUUUUCUUGUUCCCCCACUUUCAAUUUUUCACCGUUCAAAAAUAAAUCAAGAAAAUUGAGAUCAAACCCACAAAAAUAUCAAGAUCACUGACCUCUAAUGCGAGCCCUAGUUCUUGUUUUUUUUAAUUCAAUUUGCGGAAGUGUUCGUUUAGACAAUACCCAAUUCCAGGGCUUUUAGUCUCGAUACGUUAUUGUGAAGUGAAGAAAAAAAAUGGAUGCUCUGUGUGAAGAGCUGGAUCGAGCAAAAGACGAGAUCGAAAAUCUGAAAGAGCAAUGCCGUGCCAAAGCAGAGUUAGCCGAAAGUUUAAGGCGGGCCCACAAUGACCAAUUGAGCAAAGAUAAGGAGACAAGUUCCAAGUUAGAGAAAUUAGCUCAUGAACUAACUGAGAAAGAUGGUGGAUUUUGUGCUGUCAAACAAAUGUACGAGGAGUUGAAGUCUAGUUCGACUCAGAAAGAAUCGAUUAUCAAGAAUCUCACUUGUCUGAACGAAAAGCUCCGUUCCGAGUUUACUGAGAAGCUUCGCAAGUGCGAAGAAGAGAACAAAGCACUUGCUUCGGCUUUGGAUGAUUCAAACGCCAAAAACACCGAUCAAGAAAAGCAAAUCCGCGGGCUGAAAGACGAGAUCGAAGGAGUUAAAAAGCUUUUAGCUUUUUCGGAGAAGAAGUGCUUAGAAGCUGAGAAUAAUACCGAAGCUUCCAAAGAGUUAAAAGUGAGAGAAGAUGGCUUCUUUAAAUUACAGGAGGAGAAGAGAAAGGUAGAAGACGAGCUCAAAUGGAAAAAGGAACAAUUUUGCCAUUUAGAAGAAGCCCACGACAAGCUUCGAAACCAGCUUCGUACGAGGGAAAUCGAGUGGGAGAACAAGGAAGCAAUGGCGUUGGCUUUGGAUAACGCGAAUUCGAAAAUUUUCGAUCAAGAGCAGCAAAUCUCCGCACUGGAACACGAGAUUAAAGGAUUUAAAAAGAUUUUAGAUUUUUCCGAGGAUAAAUCUGAGAAUAAGACGAAAGGAUUAAAAGGGAGAGAUGAAAACGCUUUCUUGAAAUUAGAGGAGGAGAAGAAAAAAUUCGAAGAUCAGCUGAAGUGGAAAAAGGAACAAUUCGUUCAUUUAGAAGAAGCCCACGAAAAGCUUCGGAAUCAGCUCAAGACAAAGGAGAAGGAAUGGGAGAAGGAGAAAGCUUCACUUCUUGACGGCAUCGCUUCUCUACAAACCAAUUUGGAAUCACAAACGAGAAUUUUGCACGAUCUUCAAAGCCGAUUCGAAAUGUGCAAUCAAGCUCUAGCUCAUGCAGAAGGCAAGAGAAAGCUUCUUGAAGCUCAGCUUUCGGAAUCCAAAACAAGCUUCGACAGUGUUUGUGCUGAAUACGAUGUGGCGAAGUCGAAUUUCGAGAGUUUCAACGCAAAGAGGGAUCAAGAAAUCGCGAGUUUAAGAAGCUCGUUGAGCACGAAGGAUAUACUCUACAAAGAAAUGGAGUAUCAGUUUAAGAAGGUGGAUCAAGAAAAGCAAGAGUGUUUGGUUUUGGUGAAAGAACUCCAAGAAGCUCAAAUUCGCGAGGCGGGAUUUUCUUCGUGCUCGAAGCUUCAAAGCAAGAUUAAAUUUUUAGAGCGGGCCCACAUGGGAUGCUCGACGAAUCUCAAAGAAAAAGAAUCCGAAUUGGAGAAACUAUCGGAAGAAUUGAGUGUGUGCAGAUCGGCUUUGAAAAAUAGGGAUAAUUCGUUGAACGAGCUGAAAAAAGAAUUGGACGCUUGCGAUUCCGUGAUACUGAAUUUGGAGUUGAUAAAUCAAGAGACGUCGCUCGCUUUAUUGGUACUGAAAUCGGAAUUUUCGGAAAAUAUUUACGAGCUGGUGGAAAAGUUAGAGCAAAAGAAAGAUGCUCUUAGUCUUGUUCAACAAGAUCUCGAAGGAGAAAGAGAGAAAGUGUCGAUUUUAUUGAGAAAGGUUGAAGCUCUCGAACAAGUGCAAGUUCUACUGCAGAAAGAGGUGAACAGGCUCGAAGAAAUGCUCGAGGAGUCAACGAAAAGUCAACUCCUGUCGGAGGAGCAAGUGCUGCAAAUACAAAGCGAUUUGAGAAAGGUCAACAGCGCCCUCGAUAGAGCGAACGAAGAGCUUUACGAGAGAUUCUGUGAAGCGAAUGAAAUCGAGUUUGAGUUGAUGAUGUGGAAAUCGUCGGCUGAAAAGCUGGAAGAGAAUCUCGAACGGAAUGUUUUAAUGCGUAGAGAAGUGGAAGCUUCUCUUAUUGCGCAAGUGGAAGUGGAGGUCAACCUUAAGCAAGAAAUCGAAGAAAAUGAGAAGAGGAUAAACGAUCUUCAGCAGAAGCUUCUAGAAGAAAAAGACGAGAGGAUAUACGAUUUGCAGAAGCUUGUCGGAACUUUGGAAGAGGAGUUUGAAAACUCGAGCAACUCGUUUUCUUGCAGAUUGUCGCAGGUGCAGAAGGAAUCGAUUUUAUUUCGAGAAUCUUGGGAAAAGAUCAAGACGAACGCGGUGUUAAACGAGGUGGAGAUUCAAGAGAAGAAUUUGGUGAUUGUCGAGCUGGAAAAUGAUUUACUACAGCAGGAGAGGAAAGCCUGUUUGGAUAACAACGAAAAGAAAAUACGAGAAAUCGAAGAAGUGGAAGAAGUUGAAGAACUGAAGAAGAAAAACGAGAAGUUGGUUAGUUCGGUGAGUUGGAUAUCGAAGAGAAUGGAGCAGCUGAGCGUGGAAGAUUGUAAGCUGAUGGAAAGUUUGGGAAAUAUCGUAAACGCCAUUGAUGAAGGAAAAGACGAAGAAUCUGUGAAGGAGAAUGUUAACAGCAUGAAUGUGAUGAUGUCAUCGUCGUCGCCAUUGACGAAGAAAGUUGAAGCAAAAUGCGACGAACGGUCACCGUUGAGAGCGUUGACAGUUAAUACUGUUGGGAAAAUUUGAGUUUUUUUUUUUUUUCGAUUUUUUUUUCUGGCUGCUGGUUUGUUCUGUCUGUGUAUAUAUGAUUGAAUUUGUUCUUUUUGGAAUAUAAUUUAUUCCACUCCUGUUAUGAAUUAUUAUUAAUUAUCAGGAAAAUGCUAGCUUCUGUUUUUUU